AUGCGUGCCCUGGGAUUCGGUGGUCGAUUCUUGGUGAUCGGGUUUGCGUCGGGAGGCACUCAGCCAGACAGAGCAAUCCCGAGGUUCCCAAUUAAUUUGGCAUUGCUGAAUGAACGUCAAAUACAAGGAGUCCUCUGGGGCACAUGGAAGUUCAAGAAUCCAGACGCCAACAGGAGAAACAUCAACGACCUCGUUGCGAUGCUGUUGACAGGUAAACUGCGGCCAAAGACACCAAAGGUGUACCCACUAGAAAGGUUCAAAGAGGCGAUGGACCUCAUGAUGAACCGCCAGGCCAUCGGCAAGAUCUGCAUCGACACCACAGGCAACACUGCUUCGAAGUUGUGA